AUGUCGUCACUCCGAAAUGCAAUAAAGCGAAAAACUCACAAAGAGAGGCCGCAACCGCAAAGCCGCAGUAAAUUUGGCCUCCUUGAGAGAAAGAAGGACUACAAGGCUCGUGCAGAUGAUUUCCACCGGAAGGAGAAAGCUCUGCUAAAUCUGCGACGCAAGGCAGAGGAGCGGAAUCCCGAUGAGUUCUACUUUGCCAUGGAACACACGCGCACAAAAGGUGGAGUGCACCUGAAGAGCUCGACCCAAGCCAACAAGUAUUCUCAGGAGCAGCUGCAGCUCAUGAAGGGGCAGGACAUCGGGUACCUGGAACUGAAGAGGCAGUCAGAAGCAAAGAAAGCGGAGCGGCUGCGCAAUUCGCUCCAUUUCAUAGGAGCACCGGUGCGGAACAGCCACACGCUGUUUGUGGAUGAGGAAGAGGCUGCCUCUUUCUCUCCCCAGGAUUGCUUCGACACUCCUGCAGAGCUGCUUGGCCGAACAUACAACAGGCCGAGGCGGUCUCAGCUCAACGAAGCUGCCGCCAUCAGCGGC